AUGGCUUCAGAUUUUGCUUUCAAAGUUCCAGCUGAACUUGAAUCGGCUUUGCGGUUGAACACCGUUCAGUACUAUAUAACUAAGAGGCCGUGGCUUGAUCUUUAUGGAAUCAAUGUGAGACCUGUUGCACCAGUUGGAAGUACAAGUAGAAAAGUACAUGUUGAUCCAGCGCUGUUGCACCGUACGUUGCCGGAUGAGCUGCUCUAUGAGGUUUUUGCACGAAUGAGUCCAUAUGACUUGGGAAGGGCAGCUUGUGUUUGUCGCAAAUGGAGAUACACUAUUCGUAACCCUGUUUUUUGGCGCAUUGCAUGCUUAAAGGCUUGGCAGCUCUCUGGAGUGGUUGAAAACUAUAAGAUUCUACAAGCAAAGUACGACACUUCAUGGAGAAAAAUGUGGCUUCUAAGACCAAGGAUUCGCACUGAUGGUCUGUAUGUGAGCAGGAAUACCUAUAUUCGUACUGGAAUUGCAGAAUGGAAGAUCACUAACCCAGUUCACUUGGUGUGCUAUUACCGGUACAUGAGAUUUUUUCCUUCUGGCCGAUUUCUGUACAAGAAUUCAUCUCAAAAACUCAAGGAUGUAGCAAAAUUCAUGAAUUUCCGUUCAGCCAAGACAGACUCUGUUUUCAGUGGCCAUUACACAUUCUCAGAUGAUAAGGUUGAAGCUGCAGUUUUGUAUCCAGGCAUGCGCCCUACUGUGUUGAGAAUCCGCCUAAGGUUAAGAGGAACAACAGUAGGGGCAAACAAUAGGAUGGAUUUACUCUCACUUGUUACAAGUGGUGUGAACGAUAAUGAGGUUUGUGGCCCUGAUGAGGAUAUCCUUGGGGUGGUUGAAGGGUGGCAGGAUGACGAGACUCACAACCCAGAUGUGCCGGCCGUCUCACACAAGAGGGGUCUAACACCCUUUGUCUUCGUUCCGUUUGAGGAGGUAGACACAUCGUUUCUGAAUCUGCCGGUGGAGAAGAUGGAUUAUUUCGUACCUGGCUGA